AUGCAAGCAUCUACUGUACAGCCAGUGUUUAAAUUAGAAUUAAAUCAUAAAGUUACUCCGGGUAUAGUAACGAUUGCAAAGUAUGACGGAACUCAUUCCUGCCUCACUGCUUCGGCUGGAUAUGAUAAAAUUAUAAUUCAUCAUCCUCAUGGUGCCAUUAUAAGUGGUCGCGCUCAGCGAUCUCAAGCUCAUGGAGAAGUGUCUGAACUAAAUCUGAGUCAAGCAGUAAUAGCCCUAGCUGCCGGAGCUAUAAAACCAGAUUGUCCAAGAGACAUGCUACUAAUUGGAUCUCCAACCCAAAUAUUAGCGUACGACGUACACGAUAAUUCUGAUCUAUUUUUCAAAGAAGCCCCUGAUGGGGUAAAUGUUAUAACUGUUGGUCAUUUUGGUAAACAUAAUGAGAGGCUUGUUAUUGUUGGCGGCAAUAGCUCAGUAAUGGCUCUAAAUUGGCAGGGCGUUGAACAAUUUUGGAAUGUAGUUGGUGGAAAAGUGUGCUCUAUGGUCACGUUUGAUUUCGAUAAAGAUGGUGAAAAUGAGCUCCUCAUCGGAUGUGAAGAUUCUUACAUCAGAGUAUUAAAAAAUAACCAAUUCAUCAUAGAACUUGCUGAGACAGGCCCUGUAAUUUGCUUAUCUCUUAUAAGUGAUGUGAGAUUCGCUUACGGUUUAGCAAACGGCACGAUUGGAAUCUACGAGGAAGGUAUUCGAUUAUGGAGAGUGAAAUCUAAACAAAAUUCGAUUUCCCUCGAAUGGUCGGGGGAAAAUUUAGCUUGUUGUUGGGCAAAUGGUCGAAUUGACUGGCGAGAUGAAACCGGACGAGGUCUGAGACGAGUUCAAAUGCGUUCUCAUGCAGCUGCUAUGUUGCUCGCUGAUUACCGUUCCGUUGGUGCAUCUGAUCUUAUUUGUGUAUCUGACAAGGGAGAAGUACUAGGUUAUCCGAAUACUCCAGAAAACGUAAGCUUGACCGCCACUUCAAAAAGAUUUCCUUCAGAAGAAGAUCGGGUAGCAAUCACGGAGUUACUAAAUAAAAAACAAGCGCUUUUAGUGGAGUUACAACAUUAUGAAGCAAAUUCUUCAAGUUUGACAAACCAAGAUAUGGAAAGACCAUCAACUGCAAUGCCUACAAAUACAAGAUUACAAGUUGCCAUAGCAGCUGAUUCAGAAGAAAAGUGUCUACAAUUGGUUGUUUCAACAAACAACGAAACAAUCGUACGGACAGCACUAGUACUGGCAGAAGGUAUAUUUGAUUCUGGUGAAACAUUAGCAAGGCAUCCACAACAAACACAGCUGAAAUCCAUUAUGUAUAUACCAUUGAAACCACCGCGUGAUGUUCCUGUUGAUGUUCAUAUUAAGGCAUUAGUUGGCUACGCAGAUAGCGAACAAUUUCAUAUAUUUGAAAUCACAAAACAAUUGCCUCGAUUUUCUAUGUACACAAUAGCGCCAUCUAGAAUGAAGACACAGAUUGAAAGCCACGUUACCUUUCGUAUAACUGAAAGAGUUCAGAGAAUCUGCAUUUGGAUCAACCAGAAUUUUUUGCUUGAUCAAGAAGUUGAAUUAGAGAAUGAGGAUACGAAGGAUUUCAAUAUAAGCUUUAUAUGUCUUAGAGAUAUGUCCCGACUUGAAAUGGAAUACAGUGGGGAUGGCCAAGUCAAGUUUAAAACUCCGGAUAUUCGUCUCGCUGGAGAUCUGAUUCAAAGUUUAGCCGUUUAUCUCAAUUUGACCGACUUACAGUCUAGCGCCCGUUUUCCGGAAGCAGAGGAAAAAUUGCGAGCAGAAAUGGAAAUAGUCUCCGAGAUUGGGGAUACGAGGUACAGACUCGCCGCUGAAACUGCAGAGAAGGCGCAGCUGAUCACCGCACUGUUGCCUGCUGCGCAAGACGCUGCCUCUUAUGACCUUAAAGAGAUGUUAAACAGAUAUAAAGAAGUGAUUCUUCUUAAUGAAGAGUUGCUGGUGAGUUGUCACAUCCGACGCGCCACUCAAGAACAGGCAGUUAUGUCUCUAAAAAGUCUGCAUACUAUUCUACAACAGGCAGCCAGGCUAAGAGUGGGAAAAUAUAGCAAAGCUGUGGUAACGGCUUGCAGGAAGGCAGUUAGCGACAACAACGUAGAAGCUCUGGUGAAAAUCCUGCAAGAUGGUGAUACGUAAUAAAACACGAUACGUAAUGGUUUCAAGAUGGUUUCAUUCAAUUCAAACAUUCAAUGAAUACAUCGAAAUUAAAAGGUGGGAUAAGUAAUCCAUUGUUAAUUUAAUAAAUAAAAAAAUACUAAAACAUUGCUUAUCUCAUUAAUUAUCAUCAAUUGAAACUAACCUAUAAUUCACUAUGUUUAAAGUCAAAUUAAAAAUUUAAAGAUUAAAAUAACACACG